GGCGUCAUGGAUGGGCGGCGCGCUGACGGAGAACUGAGGGUGUUUUCCAGCUUUAAAAGAACCAGAGACUGCCCCUCUGACAAAGCCGCGCUGCGUCAUUGACCUGGGGAGACUCUUGGAGACCUUCAAUGGGCACACUGCAGAAUAACUCACAUCAGCCACACUAGACUCUUGAGCAGCGCUCACCUCCUCAUUCACUCGUCCAGCACUCACCCGAUGUGCAAUACUCCCCACGUUAAUAAUCCAUUCAUUAACUUUACUUCAGAUUGGUAUUUUACCCGUGACUUUAUUACCUAGCGUGCACUAUUUUAUUCUUCGUUGCUCAUGCAGACUCUAGUCCGGAGAAAGUUGUGCACCGCUUGUUGAAUGCAGGAUACUCAGCCAGAGCGUCUCUUCCAAGUUCAGUUUUGAAGCUCCAGCCAGCAAGGAGUGGGGACUCCACUCGUUCAAUCACCUCUCUGGCCGAAAUGAAAUCUGCAGAAGAAGAUGCAUUCAGCUACACGCCAAAUGUCACCCUGUCCCUUCCUCUCGGGAUGGGCAACCCAUGUCUGGCCACCCAAUACCACACCUUACAGUCCAGCCCGGUUAUCUCUGUUACAUCUUGCCAUCAGACAGGCUACAACUUCCAAAAUGACAACCUUGUAGCAUCAGGUUAUUACCUACCCCAUGGCCUGAGAACAAAUGGGGCUCCAGCCCUGGAAAGCCCUCGUAUUGAAAUCACUGCGUACAGCCAGUGCCCAGACGAUCAAGUAGAAGAAAGAAACUGUGAGGACCACAUCAACAAAAGAGGUGUUAACUCCGUUGUGACACUAACACUGCCCAAUGCAGAUGGCUACCGUGAUCCCAGCUGCCUCAGUCCUGCAAGCAGCAUUUCUUCACGCAGCUGUAACUCUGAAGCAUCCUCCUACGAGUCUGGCUUUUACAACUAUGACAACUCUCUACAGAAUUCCCCCUGGCAGUCUCCCUGCGUAUCUCCCAGAGGCUCAUCUUCACUUUUGUCCUGCCCGCAUGCCGGCGGACCUGCAGCCUCCCCUCACAAUUCGCCCUCCACAUCCCCACAGAUUGGAGCAGUGGCUGAGGAAGGCUGGCCAGCUCAGCCUCGUGACUCCAGGGCUAACUCUCCUUCCUUCGGUGGAGGAGGUGGAUGCAACAAUAUCAGCAUCGCUGGAGUUGGGAAGAGAAAGUACAGCUUCCAUGACACUCCCUACCGCCAGACUUCAUGUUCACCUCACCAAUCUGCCACCCCCUCCCCACAUGGCUCCCCUAGAAUCAGUGUCACAGAUGAGAACUGGCUUGCCAAUGCCAACCAGUACACCAACUCUGCAAUUGUGGCUGCUAUCAAUGCUCUGACCACAGAUGGAGUGGUAGACAUGGGAGAAGGGAUCCCGAUAAAGACACGCAAGAUAGUCGAUCAUUCACCUUCCAUGAGCCUCAAAGUGGAGCCUAGUGGAGAGGAGAUCAGUCAUGAAGGGGCGAUUACCCCCGAGGACUAUCCUUCUCGCCUCGUUUUAAAGAAGGAGAACUACUGUGGAGGAUUUCUGGAGGUGCCCCAGCAUCCCUACUCUUGGUCUAAACCCAAGCAUUACCUCAGCCCAUCCCUGCCAGCGCUUGACUGGCAGCUUCCGUCCUGCUCCGGUCCAUACAGUUUACAGAUCGAGUUACAGCCAAAGUCCCACCACAGGGCUCACUAUGAGACUGAAGGCAGCCGUGGGGCAGUCAAGGCUCUGUCUGGAGGCCACCCAGUUGUCCAGCUUUAUGGCUACAUGGAAAGUGAGCCCCUCACCCUACAGCUGUUCAUAGGGACUGCGGACGACCGCCUCCUGCGCCCCCAUGCCUUUUACCAGGUUCACCGCAUCACUGGCAAAACCGUCUCUACUGCCAGUCAUGAAGUCCUGCAAUCCAACACCAAAAUUCUGGAGAUCCCACUGCUUCCUGAAAACAACAUGAGGGCUAUAAUUGAUUGUGCAGGCAUCCUAAAGCUGCGCAACUCAGACAUUGAGCUUCGCAAAGGGGAAACAGAUAUUGGACGUAAAAACACCCGAGUGAGGUUGGUGUUCCGAGUACACAUCAACCAGCCCAAUGGCAGGACCGUGUCCUUACAAGCUUCCUCAAACCCCAUUGAGUGUUCCCAGCGCUCAGCACAGGAGCUUCCCUUGGUGGAAAAGCAGAGUAUGGACAGCUACCCUGCAACUGGAGGCAAAAUGAUGGUCCUGAGUGGUCUCAAUUUCCUCCCUGACUCAAAAGUGGUGUUCGUGGAAAAGGCCCAGGAUGGUCAUCAUCUGUGGGAGACGGAAGCCAAAGUUGACAAAGACUCUGUCAAAUCUAAUUCACUUUUUGUUGAGAUCCCACCAUACCGAAACCAGAGAAUAUCCAACCCGCUUCUGGUGAACUUCUACGUUUGCAAUGGCAAGAGGAAGAGGAGCCAGUACCAGAACUUUACCUAUCUUCCUCCCAGUGUGCCGAUGAUAAAGACAGAACCCAGUGAUGAAUAUGAUUCUUUGGGGACUUCAGUGCUGCCAAUGCAUUCAAAGUCCUACUUCAGUCAUCCCAGACUUAAUCCCAUAAUGCCUGUCGCUGAUCAUGAUGCUUGUCUGGCUGGUGGCUACCCUCCCUGCCCCUCUCUCAAUGCUUCCAUACCGUCAUCGUCCCCCAAUUCCAGCCCAACCCUGCACGACCUUUCCCCUGUUGCAUUCAGCAAGUGCCUCCCAAAUAGUCCCACCCAUGCAGCACCUUCAGGUCAGCUGGUGACUACCUUCCAGGAGAAUGGCAGGCCAAUCCUUACCCACCCAGCAUCUCCUGACCACAGCUCUCCCCUAGGUAUGCUCCAAACUCAGGGAAGUCCCAGUCACCUCAACAGUCCAGGAACCCAUGGAUUCCACCCUACCUAUGCCAACAGCAGCCCUUCAUCCUCCCCAGCCUCCCAUGCUUCUACUCCCAGUGGGAAUGCAGAGAGUCCAUUUAUUCAGGCCUACAGCCCCAGCCAGGGCAGGGCAGCAGCCACCUCAGCCCAGGCUGGAGGGAACUCACCCAGCCUGCUUCAUGAGGAAUUAAGUCCACCUGCCAUCACCGUCAAACAAGAACCCCAAGAACUGGACCAGAUGUACCUAGAUGAUGUUAACGAGAUCAUCAGGAACGACCUUUCCAGCAUUUCCGUUCACAGUCAUGCAUAGAUCAUUGAUCAAGUUUUAUGCAGCAGCAGUAAACACACACACACACACACACACACACACAACUAUCAACAAUACAAAUGAGAGAGGAACCAGAAGAUGAAGAGGAGUCACCCCCACCAGGAUCCCAUCGGUCCAAAGUUACGAUCAGUUCCUUCUUCCUCAAAGACUCUCUGCAGAUUCACAUUGACUGCCUGGCACAGUUUUACUAUUACAAUUAUGUAAGUAUAUACUGUAUGUAAUAUUAUUUGUACAAACGGGAAGUGAUAAUGAGGGCAACACUUGCCUUAAAUGACAAAUGACAAUCUUCAUUUGGAGUGUCAUCUUGAUGCUAUGUUCAUAGAUGGGACAAUAAUAACUGUCAUGCGUCAUCACUUUGUUUCAUUUUUGCUGUCAGACUACAGAAACUGAAUUGGUGCCUUACUUGUAGUGAAGAUGACAGAUAGCUGCAAGCAUAGAAAUGCAAAUUAUGGUAAAUUAUAACCCAAGUGCAACGUUUUUAUAUUGACUUUUGUAUCAGUUUGAUGAUUUGUCUAUCGGGAAAUUGACAAAGGUUGGAAAUGACAUAGGGAGUAUGUGAACAAAUAGAUUUUUUUUUUGUUCUUAAUUCUCAUUGUUCAUUUUUACUGAAUGUUAUGUAUUAUAUUAUUUUGUAUAAACACAAAUUUAACAUAUGCCUUAUGCUUUUUCUACUCAUUUUGCUAAAAAUCUUUCAAAUAGUCUUCCCCAUUACUGUAUAUUGUUUAUUAUUAUUAUUAUUAUUAGUGCUAUUUCUAGUACGCUUCAUGACAGUUUUCACCCUAGUGCCUGUUUUGUCAUGCCCAGACCAUGACAGUAAUAUACAGACAAUCAUUCAACAUCACACAACCCAGGACCAAGGUUUCCUUUUGGCAUGACUAUAUAAAGUCACAUUUUGAUUAGACUAUCAUAGAAUAGAAUAGAAAGCAUUUAUUUUCAUUUUAUGGCGCAGAUACAAUUUCACAUUUCUAGUUGAACAACGGUAUGCUUACCUGCUGAAUUUGAACAAAAAUACAGUACUCCUAAGCAAUUUAGUCUUUUACUUCUUGCACUGCAUAUCUGAUGUGUAAAUGAACAGAAGGAUAAGUAUGCUCCCGCCUCAGUUUUACCCAUCUUGGUAAUUUAAAUGAGGACCUGGCAGGACUGUUACUUCUUACUGGCAAUAAUUGAUUUGUGUAAACCAAAGGAUUUUAUCUUUGGUGAUAUUAUUGUCGAAGUUUCUCUUUUUUUUUUCUCUCUCUCUCUCAGACUUUAACUUCCAGUGAUUCCGCCCAAUACACAAAUAUUAUGCACUUUACCAUAGAAAUGGAGGCAAGUAGUAGUGCUCCCAGACCAAAUGUUGUGCUCUUUCCUGCUCUCAUAUCAACCUGCCAUUUCUAUGUUACCUGUCUUUUGGAGCAUGCACAUUGUCCUAAUAGUUCAUAUUAUUUAGUUGAUAAUGGAUUUCAAUGUAGCUCUUGCAUACAUUUUUGGAAUGAUAGUAUAAAAGCAUGACUAAACUAUAUGAGCAAGGUUUCUAUUACGUGCCUUAUUGUCCCUCUGGGAUUCAAGAUCAUUUACUAUUAUUGGUUUUCUGUGUAGGCACAAGGUGAACCACAUGUCUUAUUAAUAGGAUAUAUUUAUGAACAAUGAAAUGACAUGUGUUUUAAGUGCAUUUAAGUGUGAAUUAAUAAAUGGUGUAGUGGUGCCUAACUUAAGUCCCCAAUCAUUUUUUGAGGUGUUAAAAAAGUAACACGUUUGUUGUGUGUUGGUGUUUACGCUAAGGAUUGAAUAACUGAAUGUUUUAUUUCCUUUUUUUAUUAUUGUGGUUAUAUUAAAAUAUUCUUGUUUGUUACAUGUUUUGUUUAAAUAAAAUAUUAGAAUAAUUUAUUAGUGUAUGACUUUUUUUAUUUUUAUUUUUUUUUUAUUCUCCCAAUUACUACAUGGUCCUUUACAACAUAUUUGAGUUUGGACACAGGCACAUUAAUUAAAAAACUAAAUACAGAGAAUAAAAUACACUAACAAAUGCGUUAAAAUGAAGACUAAACUGAAUGAUGAUUAAAAGAAGAUACAGUACAAAGCAAUUUUUGCAAUAUAAAGCCAAAUGCUACUUCACUAUGUUUAGGUUGCAUUCGGGUCACAGUUAAUUGAACGGAGCCAAUAGAGCUAUGUGUCCAUCUUGGUUCUUAGCAAAGUACCCCUAAGUGCCUAAACAAUUUGGUGAUUUUUAAUAUCACAAGGUAGGAGGUUCAGGAAGAAACAAUAAAACGAAAACAAAACUACUAGUUACAGAAACAGACAUGACAAUAUAUCUGUGCAUCAUCGAAAUACAUCUAGUAAUUGUUGUUAGAGUUUUGGCACAAUUGGAGCGCGUAGGUUGAACACAAGCAGCCUGACUGAUUUACUGAAGGUUUGCAUAUGCAAAAACAGGCGACAACUUAAUUGGACAAGAAACAGAUGUGGUAGCUGAUCUACUAGCCCAGCUCACCAGUAAAGGUGAGAGAAAAACAAUGAUGUCCUGAUGUUGUUUGCUGGGAAGAUUUCAGCUAUUAACUUGUGUCUCAUAUCCACUGUUCAGUUUUGCAGCCCUUUUGCCAACAGUGCCUGCAAAGUCUUAAUAGAAGGUGAACACAGAAUUUAGGGGCCGCUACUUGGAAUCUCGCAAUCCUAAAUCACGCACCCACCAACAGUCCAAGCAAUCUGUUAAAGCGGAAACACUAUUUAGUGCCAUCUAUUUGGGAUCUGCGUAAAUCAGGCUCAAGGUUUCCAAGAACUGAUCCCUGGGGAAAUUCAUAAGUCACAAUUAUUGUGACAAACUAUCUCUAAUGAGGCCUGAGCAAAGAGCGGACUUCCUUGGAAAGUCUCACCCACUCUUUUAACUUGUCGACCUGUAUUCUAUGAUAUACAGGGUCAGAUUCAGUAUUAAAAAAGAAUAAAAUCCGAACUGAUACUUUAUCUCAGGGGUGUCAAACUCAUUUUUGUCACGGGUCACAUCGUAGUUCGGAGGGCCGCUACAACUGUGAAGCCAUAUAAAUGAAAGAUUACCUCAUAUACUGUAAUUACAUACAGUAUACACAACACAUUGAUGAAUAACCAGUUUUGAAAUCAGAAGCCUAUAAAAACAUAUUAUUUAACUAUUACAUUUAUUUACUACAUUUCUUUCUUAUUACAAUGCUUGCAAAUAUUUCAAUGGUAUUACACCAGAACACAAUGAGCAAUUUUGAUUUGCUUUUGCUGGCCACAUAAAAUGAUGUGGCGGGCCGGAUCUGGCCCCCAGGCCACCAGUUUGACACCUAUGCUUUAUCUUUUUCAGUGCCGGAAAUAUUACUUUUUAAUUGCUUGUAUACAAAUAGUUUGUUAUCUGGAGGGCCUGCCAACCCAUCACAUGUGCGAUUGAAGAACCACUAAAUCUUUUAUCUGCGUAUUUCUGAAAACGUGACACUUUGUAUAAUCGAUGGCCGUAGUCCGGCCGCCGGAGUACACUGUCAGGCAACAACACCCAUAUGAGUUCUGUUAAAUGCACAGACUAGCAUUGGCCAACAGCGGUAGCUUCAGGCACAUACUUUAUUGCUUUCCCCCGGGAAGAGUUGGACGAAAUGGCUG